AUGAGUUGGUCGUCCAAAUGGUCGUCAUUGUGGGUUCUGAUUCUCGUCCUCCUCAAAUGUGGAGCAUCCGGGGCUAUGAUGGCGAUCCAGGACCCCGUUUACCCGAGGCUGAUCGUCGCCGCGUCACACACGGCACUUUCUGGCGACCUGGCUGUCAUGAUUCUCGCAAUGUCGACUACCGACAGAUCGACGACAGUUCCGACGAGCACGGAAGACGCCGAUAUUGUCAUGGAAGGAGAUGGCGAAGGAGAUGCGUCAGAAAAGUUCGGAGCCGCGUCACCUGAUCCUCUGGUCAUCAGGGUGCUGCGUUUAGACGGGUUUAUGUCGGAGCUGGUUGGUGAGGUCCCCGUAAAAUGCACCCCUUCUGCUGGGGGCAAUGUAUCCCUGAUGAUACCCUGCGGAUUCUUCUCCCGGGGAGGGACCUAUUCCCUGCAACUGCAGCAGAAGUCGGCGCCACACCAUCCCAAGUUGACCGACAUUGCGGACCUACACGAUCUUCAGAUGAGGACCACCUUGGACGUGAGAUGGCCAACGCCUUCCUUAUCUCUGGAGCCCCAGCACUUCAAGACCUACCCUGAUCAACCAGUUUUGGCCACCCUGGAGUACACGGGAAUCUCUUGUUCGGCCUCACCGGGGGUUCCAAUCACAUCCUACACGCUGCAGCUGAUAUAUUGCGGCGCCAGCGUGCUCUCAUGUGAUCCCAGAAACAAAAGCCACAUACAGAUGCUCUACUCGGAAGAGGUCAAAGGGUUUCCUGCUCAAAGGGUCGUUACACUGCGGUGCGAAUUUUUCGGAAUGGCUGGCCACUAUGCUCUCAGACUGAAGCCCUCUGAUGCUAAUCCAAGCGCUCCUACGAGCAGUGCUUACAUCAAGGUCGAGUGGUCCAACCAGUUCGUCUUCAACGUGCACGCGAGAUCGGUGUACCCCUGCGACGACGGUACCGGGGGGGUCUCGGUACUCUUCGAGUACCCAUCUUGUCGUCUUCAGGGUGAUCGAGUUCGGGUCUAUGGUCGCCUCAGGGCAGACGUGGCCUCCCUUGCGCCGCCCUCCACCCUGCAUUACGUCGCGGAAUUAAAAGCACCCCCAGGGAAGCACACGCUCACUUUCAGCUGUGACAUCUUCACCGAGAGAUUCGUCGAGUACUGCUUCGUCUACGUCAGCAAGGCCAUCACCGGGGCCAUGUCCGAGGUCAGGGUCGACUGCAUCCCCACCUUCCCGCUUCAAGAAGGGGGUGCCGGUGGGUGGGGACCCUGGAGCCAAUGGACCCCAUGCAGCACCUCCUGCGUCGGCGGUACCAGGAAUCGUUACAGGUUUUGCGAUACCCCACCGCCGCGAUAUGGCGCGAAAUUCUGCCAGGGAAAAGCGGUCGAAACGGAAUCCUGCGGCGGAGCCAGUCAGCUGGAUCUUCACGGGGCUUGGAACCCUGGAGAUUGGGAAUGUCGGCACGGCAAAGGAUUGGCCGCGGAAAGACCGGAAGUAAACGCGGAAGUUGGAACGAGAUGUCGGUGCGGGUGUGUCGUCAAUUUGGGAGAAGAUAAUCCGAGGAAAAUCUUGGCUGCCAGCACCCAGGCGUGCCCUGGACGCUCCUUCUGGCUUCUUCAGGCUGAGCCGCAAUACGCGGUGAGACUUCAUCUGGACCAGGCUAGGUUUCCUUGUCCGGGACAAUAUGUCCGCGUUAGAGAUGGUGAUUCCCUCAGCGCCGAACUCCUGGCAGAUGUAGCCUUCGACAAAAACGCUCCAGAAACUGGCACGGUUAUAUCCUCGGAACGGAGUUUGUUAUUGGAGUUCUUCAGCGACGAGAUGGAGGCUGUUGGAGAGUCCUGCGUGGGAGGCUUUUUGGCUCACAUCACGAUGUACCCCAAGCCACUUUUGGAGAACGACACCGCGAUCCCGCUGGUGACUCUUAACACGAGAGUCGUGAGUGCUGCUGGGAGAUGGGCCUUGUGGUUGACUCCUGCUCAUCUGGUCGCAGCCUCGCUCCUGAUUCUCAUGUUUCUGGUCUCCGUGUUUCUGGCCUUGCAGUACGCCCUGAAAUACAGGAAGUAUCAGAUCGCAGAAGACCUCGACAGUCUGACGGAUAACUCAGCAUGCAGCGGCUCGAUGCAGGGCCUGGCGAGACGGGCAAGGGCCAUGUCCUCGACGACUUUAAUUUCCGAAGUCGUUUCUCUCGUUCGACUACCGAGAAGGGGAUCUUCCAAGCACGCAAGGCUGGAGGAAACUCCUGGCGACGUUGAAGACGGCUACGAGAGCACGGAAACUCAAGUCGAGUAAGUAUCCCCCCGUAAAUGCGAGGAAGAGCACAGCUUAGAAGCGGGCACCCUGAAGCCGAAGGAGCCCGACGAGAACUCCCUGAAGACGAUCACCCCCAGUGUCAUGAGCACCCCGUCGAGGCGUUCUUCCUCAUCUACGAGCACUUUGGCACCUGGACAACCCGAGGUCAAGUACGCCCGUCCAGUUAAGUUGCGCACAGUCGGGCCAAUAAGCCCGGUUUCAGAAGAGGCAUCAAUUUCCGAAGGCAGCAGACCUUACAGCGGUACCAGUGCUUCGACCAGCCUGAAUAACGUAAGAGUCCCUCACCCAAAACCAUCUACCCUUCUGCAGGCCAAGGGAUUUUCUCCAGCAAGCACUUCGUCCAACGUCUCCUCCUUGCGCUGUGGGAAGGACUCGAAGGAGCGUCGAAAUCGAGAACGUCUCCUUCAAGGACCAGGAUCUGAAUUCAGUCUGGCCAAUCCAGACAUGGAUCUAGAGUUAGACUACUACGAUUACAACGUGGUGAAUGCCGGAGCAGCCCCAGGAUCGUACCUCGGCAUGGAUCCUGCAUUCCUGGUCUGGAUACCGCCCUUGGCACCAGGAGAAGCCGAGAUUCUGGAAUCCAUCGAGGAGGACCAUCACUACGAGGAGAUCCCCGAUCGGAGGACCGAAUUGGGAUCGAAGGUGGCUUUGGAUACGGAAGGUGCGGCACUGACGCCUUCGGAGUACAAACGAGCGAGGUCUAGGAUGGACGAAGAGAGAAUCGGCCAGGAAGGAGGUCAGCGAGGAUCAAGGAUCAACGAAAUUCGGCCCAAACGACUGGACCCUGGUGAAAGUAGACUCCACGACGAGAUAAUCUCGGAGUACAGGGCGAGAUUGAGCGAAGGAAUGCUACCGAUUCACAGGAUCCUCGAGGACUCCAGGGUCAGGGUCAGCGAGGAGUCUCUCUCCAGACACGCCCAGGACGACGUUGUCCCGCUUCAAAGUGACGUUAUCCCGAAUAGAUUGUUAGAUGACAUCGAGAAACCCGAUUCUGUACAGAAGGGCGAAACGAAGUUCACUCCCAGGGCGACCAGGAACCGCAUUAUCGCGGAGCAGGAGAGGUCCAGGACUCCGAGUCUAACCAGGAGUCGGGUCCAGGACGACCACGCAAGGCCACGAAUCGAAUCGCCGAAUAAUUCGAGAAUAGUUGAUGGCUUGGAUAGCGAACUGAAGGGAUCGGCAGGGGCCUCCAAAGCGCGGUUUCCCGAGGGAAGGAUCGAACAGGUGGAGAGGACCACGUCCCCGGCGCAUAUUAGGAGUCUUUUGCAGGAGAACCUUGAGCGAAAUUCAAGGAAUUCCCAGGCUAAUCCCUCUUCCCUUCGGAUAGGUGACGAUGCCCAGAGAAAUCGCGGGGAUGAGGUCGAGGGCGGGAAAGUUUCACAGGUCCAACACAGAAGGAAAAGCAUUUUCGAGGGAUCGAAGUUGCAGAAGGGUGACGCUCCUGGUCGAGAUCCUUCCCAGGAUGGAGAACCCAAGGAAGAACCCGCUACGAUCUCCAAGCCGAAACCUUUGAACCUGCUGCGGAGGCAAGAGGAUGCCGCAGAUUUAAAUGCUACGAGCGGAAGCAAGAUCGGCGGCACCGUGAAUAUCCCAUUGAAGGAGUUCUCUCGAAACAGACUGGACUCUCCUGUUAGAGUCCACAAGUCGAAGGAGUACAAAAAGGACGUCGCUGAAAAGGAGGUUCUGAGUCCGGAUUACGGCGUGGAGGUUGAUAUAAAGGACGAGGCCAGGGAUUCUUUCUACGACUUGAUAGGGGAGGGCCGCGACGGUCUCAAGUUUGCCGACGAGGAUGACGACUACAUUGAUAAUAAGAUCACGGUUUGAGAGUUUAUUUUCAGUGCGCUCGUCAAAUUGGAGUACGAUCAUGAUCGGUGUCUACGAAACGCGCAGCUCAACUUGGACAUAGACUGAGCUGUCGGAUAAAUGGUAUCACGCUGUUGGAGUACUCGAUUUGUCACCGUUCGUAUCGACUCGUAAUGCGAGAUCAUGUAGCAACGUGACGACGAUCAUCGGAGCAGCUGAAAAAAAAAAACGAAGAACAGGCCGUAUUCCUCGUUAUUUUAGGCGCAACGUGGACCUUGGUAACCCACGCGAUACCUCGUUGGGGUGAUAGUAGAAAUUAUGCCGAUCGAUGUAUUCCGUGGACCUCUCGUUCGGGCAUUUUUGGUGCAAUGUAACGUGUAAAGAAUCUUGUACCUAAGGAACACCUAGUCGUAAUUUAGUUAAAUCGAAUCGACCGAUACGCCGACAGCAGUAUACUUGAUAGAUGCGUCAUAUCAUACUCUCGUAUAGAUUAAAGAACGUACAUCGCGAGGACCUGGAUUUAUGACAGCCAAAAUGCGGAUUAUCAGACCACUGCAAAUGUUUCCCGGUGAUCGUGGCAAGAAGAGGAAACGCAUGAUUCAUUAAUGAUAUUACAUUCGUUUCCAAGGAAUCUUCAUUCCGGAACCGGUGAACAAUUCUUUUCCUUGAACCGUUUUAUAUUUACAUCUGUAAAUAUGCUUAUCGAUAGAAUUGCAUCGAUAAUAACGACGGAAGGAAAUAGGAAAUCCAGGUUCCUCGCCCUAAAGAAACUCAAGUUACAGUCACUCUGUCAAGCAAUGUAUCUUCUGCGAACGAUCGCUCGCGAUUUUGUUGAAUUGAGAAAAAAAAUAAACUGUAUAGCCUGACAUGAACGUAACAGCGCGACGGGCUGUACAUUAUUUUUUAUUAUUAUUUUUUCUUUUUUCGAUGUCUAGAAAUUAUUCCGCCAGUUACAGUAUUACCAGUUUACGCACCUCUUACCGUAUAACAGCCUACGUUAGUUCUUGGAUCCAUUCGAGGAUUGUGAAAGAA